UGUUGAGGCAAACAGGAGAGUCAAUUUUUCAGUAACCGGCUCAACGGCAUUCACCUGAACUAAGUCCGUACACAAAACCUUUCGGUCCUGACAAAUGCUCCCAUCACUAACCUUUUUUCAAUAUUUGACGCAAGAGCAUAUUCUCUUGAUUCUAUGCCUCACAACUCGAGAAUGGAAAUAUCAAAAACCAGAGGGCUUCAGCAAGAAAUAACUGAAGUACUGGAAACUGAUAGAGCAACACCAGAUGCGUGCUCAGAAAAUGCAACCCAAGAUCAAUAUCUGAAACAUCCUCUACAGAACAGGUGGGCACUGUGGUAUUUUAAAAAUGACAAGUCCAAGAGUUGGACAGAAAACUUGCGACUUAUCGCUAAGUUUGAUACAGUUGAAGACUUCUGGGCAUUAUAUAAUCAUAUACAACAACCAAGUAAACUGCUGUUUGGGUGUGAUUAUUGUUUGUUUAAGGAUGGUAUUAAACCAAUGUGGGAAGAUGACAAGAAUAAAAAAGGUGGAAGAUGGCUAAUGACGCUUAACAAGCAACAGAGGCACAAUGAUCUGGAUCGAUACUGGCUGGAAACACUUUUGUGUCUGAUUGGUGAGGCCUUUGAGUAUAGUGACGAGGUUUGUGGAGCUGUUGUAAACGUCAGACCAAAAGGCGACAAAAUAGCAAUCUGGACAGAAAACUGCCAAAACAGAGAAGCAGUGGUUUCUAUAGGGCAUUUGUACAAAGAACGCCUAGGACUGUCUUUGAAAACUCUUAUUGGGUACCAGUCACAUGAUGAUACUUCUAGCAAAAGUGGAUCUACAACAAAGAAUCUAUUUUCAGUUUAAGAACAGUCUUAAAUGCAACAAACUUAAGAUUCAUCUGCUAAUUGUGUUAAAAUAACAAACUUUGGAUCGAUCAAUAUAUACUUGGAACAAGCGAAGCAGAGCGUGCCAUGUUCUGGGAUUAUCUUGCUGCUGAUUGAAUUUGGUUUCUAUUGGCAAGUGAAAGGAGAAUGCAAAAAGCCUUAAUAAUAGGUCUAUAGAAUUCUUCUCAUUUUCUACGUCUCAAAUUCAACAGUAAUGGAUGAACCGACUUUUCAGUUUUAACUGCAAUUUCUACCUUUAACAGAAGUUGCCAGCUGCUUGGUGUGUACAAAUUACAUUGCUCACUUCAGUACAAAGGGCAAAGUCCAAUAAGUACUUUUCUAAUAUUUGGCAAGACUUCUGGCAUGUUGAGACCUAUCUAGAAUUUUGGUUGGUGAAGCUGAGAGCAGUGUGUUUGUGUGCAACAAACAAUAAACAACAAAAUACUUAUUCCCAUAGCAAUACACAUUUAUAUGGUUGUGUCGUUUUUACAAAUGGCAUGUUCUCGAGUAAAGUAUUCAUUAAGUAAUGGCACUCUGCAUGGAAACAAGUGCAAUCUAACAUAGCCACAUUCAUAGUAUUGCUUAAAGGACAUGUAUUUGUACUAGGGUGAGAUUAUUCCAAAUCUGCCUCAACCUAGUAUAAAUGUGGGUGAAGUUGUAGUAUACUACAUUGGUGAGCCAGUGUGAGAAAUGACUAGCUGCUUCUUGAAGAUGGAUCUGAAUGCACAUUGGAAGCCAAUGGGAAUGUACUGUUCAUUUUAUCCCCCGGUUUUUUUUCAUGGCCGCGUUAAACUAUUUGAAAUAAUAUAAACAGAGUAAGAACUGGCAAAAGUGGAAAAACUAUACUUAAACCUUUAAGAUUUCAAAUUGAAUUCCAAGACUUGUAGACUGAAAGAUAUGGGGGCUAACCCAUAUUAGUUUCUAGAUGAUAACACCACAAUUUCUUCCUUAAUUCACUUGCCCUGUACUUCCAAAUGCUCAUAAAUCUUUUCCCUAAGUAUUCUGUCCAGUAACUGACUUGUUUUCCUUUGCCCUGAUGUGCUUUCUGUGCCUGUUUAAAUUUUGUUUUGAAAAGACUGCUUUAUUUCAAUUUUGAUACAAUUCCCACAACAUUCCCACAUCUAUUCAAUCUCCAGCCCUAAUUUUCAUCACUGUUGCAUUGCAUUUUGAGAUGAACAUGAUUGCAUGCAGGACGAUUCCUUGGAUAAUAUUUUCUAAACUAUUUACAUUUCUAAGAAUUACUGUGAAUUUAAUUUGAAAGUUUUGAAAGGACUUUAACAGUUAUCAUUUGAGAUUCAUUGGAUUUGUAUAGCUUUUCACAGUAGAUGAAAUCAGAAUUAGGGAUAUUGCUGAAGAACAGGAAAUUAGAUGCUUUUAAUAUUCUCUGGUAUUUUCUCAUUUGGUAUUAUGCAUUGUGUGAAUUCCAGAACCUGGUAAUAAAUGGCAACAAUGGAAAUAUUCAUGAAUUAUUUUG